AUGUCCAUCCCAAGAGAUGUCCAAGAGUUCCUUGAUGAAUACCCUGGUGUCCACGAUGAUCCCUCAUGCAAAGCGAACCUCGAUUUUUAUUCGAACAAGCUCCGCUGUAGACCAGAUAAUUGUACCAUCGAGGAAAUACACGUAGACUGGUUCGGCGAUUACGGAAAAUUGGAAUCUAAGCAUGGGUAUAUACAGUGGCUGUUCCCUAUUCGCGAGUACGGGAUGAACUAUGAAUCACAGCCUCUUCAAACUCAUGAAAUUCGGGAGAUGGAGGCGGACCCUGCAAUUAUAGAACGAGUUGUGCAGUCGUACAAUCUCAUGCUUGACUUUUAUGGUAUGCGACUUGUUUCUGCCGAGACAGGACUUUUGGAUCGAGCUUUACCUCCCCGGAAUUACACUGCUCGUUAUCAGAAUCUCGUUCGCUCGUCCCACAACAACCUUCGUAUUUCCCGUAUUUUGAAAUGCCUCUCUGAACUGGGAUUGGAACAAUUCAAUGCGGGAUUCUUGUUGCAUGUAUUAAACGAACAAAGCGAGUCAAAUCAAUUGAACUCCUGGGGAAUUCGUAGCAGUAUGGAUCGUUGGUGGGCUAAUUGUAUUCGAAACGAAGAAGAGAGGACUUGGAUUGGGGACCUCAUCAAACGAGUCCGUUCGUCCGAGGCGAGCGACUACGUGUUUACACGGGCAGACUAUGAGAAGGCCAUUCAAAAUAGGAGUGAGACAGGACGACUGGGAAUCUAG